AUGACAUCGGCGCCGUUGGCAUCCGCCGACCGUCGUCUGCCGAGGGCGCGCACCUCCCAGGCCCCUUCGGCCAGUGGACCGACUGCGUUUCCGGGCGCGGUGCGGCCAUCGAGCGAUGCAAAUCGCGCGUCGACGAGCUCGUCGAGCGCUGCUGCAGGCCCCUCCAGGAUGGCCACGGUCCCGGCUUUCCAUCGCCCCCGUCACGACGAUCCAGUUCGUGCGGCUCAGGAGGAAGCAACGCGCGUCUGGAGAGCCGACCUGCGCAGGCUGCUCGAACGAGCAGAGGAUCGCUUUGCGGACAUCUGCUGGACUACAGCUCCCGCUGCCACCCAUCCUGAUCAUUCGGAUCUCGACUCGGACGUGGGCCAUUCGCUCAACCACGCUGCCGAUGCGCCAGCUGCAUGGUCGCAAGCUGCUCCGCCAAUCUCGCAGCCAUCGACAUCACUUGGGCCAGCCGUCCGCCCCGCUCCGACAGGCACCCUCAUCUGGGCGCACAAGGCUAUCCUCUAUGCCCGAGCUCCCAACACCUUCCAGACCCGCUUCCUCAACCUGCGCUCUCCUGCCGCCCAGCUCCAACAUAUCGGGUCCACCGCCAGCCUAGUCUCGCUUCCGCUGCAUCGCAGCACGUCCCAACUCUCGCUCGCUUCCCAUAUGUCCAACUCCACACAGACGGCGUUCACGCCGUCGAAUCCUGCACCCCAAGCAUCCAAAACGAGCACGUCCGUCAGCCGUGCUGGCAUGCCGCCCAAACCUCGCAAGUCGAUCCGUGGCGCUGCACCUCCAAGCAGCUUCUCCAUGACCAAGCCUUCGCUGCGCAAGCCCAUCUCGCGGUCCAGCAUCUCCAGACCGCUCCGCAGGGCUGCAGGUGACGACGCUGCCUCCAUCGCCUCCGGAUUCGCCACCAGCGACAGCGAAGGUGAGGGUGCAUUGCCUAGCAGCCUUCGAUCCUCUCGCUUCAUCAACACCCGCCCCACUUCCACGCCAGUCGCUUCCGCCUCGCUCACAUCACCCUCCAAGCUCUCGCAGGCCUCGUCCGCCGCGCCGGCACGCAAAUCAUCCUUUGCUUCCGUGACUUCAGCCGCUGACUCCCACCUCACCGCCGACAAUGCGUCGGUGGUCAGCGACGCCAGCACGCUCCGCGCGCCCAUCAGCUUGGGCGGCGUCAGCCACGCCUUCUUCGAUGCAACGCUCCAGUACCUCUACACAGGCGAGGAAGCCAUGGUAGAUGCGUUCGAGUUCCUCUUUGAAGACCGCCUGGCGCCCGACUCGCAAGCCGCGCCGGAGGAGAAGCUCGACAAGCUGCGCUCCGACCUCACGUACAUGUGGCGCAGCAAGCUCUAUUCGGACGUCAAGAUCGUGCUUGGCGACGACGAUGAUGCGCGCAAUGCAGACGAUGCCAGCAUGGCUGGCGACAAGCGUCGGCGUGCGUCGAGGCUGGCCGACAUUCCGGACGCCAACAUGUCGGUGCUCUCGCUCGCACAGACCGUGGAUACCGACCGCAUCGACGAAUCGGACGACGACGACGAGCUUACAUUGUUCUCGACGCACCGCAUGAUCCUCGCGUCGCGAUCCGAGUACUUUGCCUCGAUGCUGCUUUCGUCGUACGCAGAUGCCGGGUCGCAGGUGCUGCGUUUGCCUUCGCCGCCCUUUACUCCCGCGUCGCUGCAUUUUACGCUCGGCUUCCUCUACACGGGCACGCUCUUCUUCUCGAAUCGCACCUUUGAUCUCGCCACCGCCUUCUCGCUCUGGCGCGCCGGCGCGUACCUGCAGAUUGCAACGCUCCAAGCGCUGGUUACUGCGCUCAUCGACCGCGAGUUCUGCCACGCCUUUGCAUGCGCGCCGCCCUGCCGCAAGUGCCUCAAGCGCGUGCCCCGCGCGCUCGCGUUUGCGGCGAAUACCCCACCCAAGCCGAUGGCGCCGCCAAGCAGGCUGGUCGCACGGCCCGGUGCUGUGCGGCAAGCCAGUCCGGCUGCAAGUGCGGCGGUAUCCGCAAGGUCGCCCGCCAGCACCCGGUCGUUGUUGUCGACCCCGCGCGCCACAGCUCCUGUCGCUACAAGUAGGCUACGGACUGCAUCGACAUCGUCGACUGCGUCUAGUGCUUCGGCCGCUUCACCGACGGCACAGAGGCGGCUGCCUCGCGAAGACGGUGAGCGCGAAGCAGGGCCCAUCCACAUGCGUGCCGCCGUGCUCAACCGCAACGCAGCGCGCACCUCGGUCGCCAACGGACACCGCGCGCUCUCGGCCGCAUCCGCGUCGCCGCCUGCGUCAGUCACCAAGACCGAUGCCAAACCCUCGUCCGGUUCGUCUCCGCGCACGCCCGGUGCCGCGCCAUCGACUGUGGCAGUGCGGCCCCGAACGACACCCGUGCGCUCCGCUCCGCAGACGUCCACGCCGGCCGUGAGUGCGAACGGCAGGGUGCGUACGCAUAGCAGCUCGAGCACGGUGAGCACCACCAGUGCUGCGAGCGUACGCGCCACCAGCCGCACCAAACUCACGCCGCCUGGACCUUCCGUGCGCCCUGCCAGUGUCGCCGGUGUGAGGAGCGCUGCCACUCUGGUCGGGGACGCAAAUAAGACGCCGACGAAAAGCGUGCGGCCGGUGCGGUCAUCGACUUCGCUGUCGGCUCGACCGGCGCGUGCGGGGGUGUCGGUGGACAGUGCGCCCACCAAGAAGCCGUCGGUGCCGUCGUUGGCGGCAAAGUCGUUCCUGCGCGCCACGCCUGGUCCGGGCGGAACGUUUUCGCUCUCAUCCACCGACUCAGGGCGCGAGCUGCGCGCACGCACGCUCAGCGCCGCCUCGCACAAGACCCCGCCCGAAGUGCAGUCCAACUCCAACCUGCCAGCAGCAGAGGCCCGGCUGGAACGCAGUGACUCGAGCACGACUAUUGUGGUGCACCCCACUAAUGGUCCCAGUGAGCGAGGUGCGGAGACGGCUGCACCGGGCAUGAGGCUCGAGAUGGGUAUUGCCUGCAUAGUCUCGCUCGAUUGCGAUGGGGCAGCACACAAGGUGCGUGCGCUCGUGCGCUAUCUCGGCCGCAUCCCCGACCACACCGGCGUAUGGGUGGGCGUCGAGCUUCGUCUUCCUCCAACAGGAUGCCACGCAAUCAGGCUCACAGACGGCUGCCUCGACGGCGUACGCUACUUUCAGCCUCACCGCGUCGGCCCGACCGAGGACGAGGCUCGAAGAGAGCGUCGCCGACAACUUUGGCACCAAGUGUGCCCACACACCGCAUUUCCAGACCCCGAUCCAGCUGCAGACACGCGCGACGAGCAGGAUCAGGUCCUGCUGCCAGCUCAAAGUGUAGUCUGGGUGAUCCAGUAA